UGAAUAGCGCUGUCACGCUUACUAAACUAACUGGGUAUGGUAGUCGGGUAUGAAUGAGGAAGUAAAUUGCCUAAGUACUUCAAAGAACAUAGUAAAUUUUCAGAACAAAUAUACAUUGUAUCGAGUUUCAGCAGUUAUAAGGAAAAACGUUCCACAUAUGCUUUAGUUACGAAGUGAUCAGUGUAAUAAUUCUACACCGGAAAUGGCGUCGUUUUACCCAACAAAGAUUGCGAAGAAAGGAGAAGCGAAGCUGGAUUUAGCCUUUGGGUUGGACUGUACAUCCAGUAUGGACCCUUACAUUUCAGAAGCCAGGGAUAAUAUAGUUCAGAUAGUGAAUGAAAUCGUUCAAAGUGAAAAUUGUGACGUCAGAUUAGCUCUUGUUGAAUACCGUGACCACCCGCCGGCAGACGAAUCUUUCAUUACCCAGGUACACGAUUUCACUGAAUCCGUUGGAACUAUGAAAAAGUGGUUGCGGGAAAGUUAUGCUGCUGGUGGUGGUGAUAUCCCGGAAGCAGUUGCCGAUGCAUUGAAUGACGUUUUAAAUCUCUCCUGGCGUAAAGAAGCGACUAAAAUCUGCGUGUUUAUCACCGAUGCUCCCCCUCACGGUCUUGGAGGGUACCGUGACAAGUUUCCCGAGGGUUGUCCACUUGGACUAGAUCCCAUGGAAAUUUCAAAACAAUUGCGGCUAAAGGGAUUGCAAUUUAUAUGGCUGGAUGUGAACCGAGCAUAUGGCUUACAAGGACUUUUACCUAGCAGUAGCACAUAUAACUGGGGGUCAGUAUGUCCCGCUAGAGGAGGCACGGGGUCUUGUUAAAAUCAUCAUAUAUGG